AAAAGACGGAGAAAAAAAGGAAGCAAAAUGAAGGGAUUGAAGCUGCAAACACAUUUCAUGAUAUUGAAGGCGCCCUUGCAAGAUCAAAAACAGCGCCAAAGAAAGAAAUCAGCUUCUUUAUCAAAGUCACACCUGUGAUUAACUGUUGAAAACCCAAAGAAAUCUCUCUUCCUCUCUCUCUCUAUCCGUUUCUCUCUCUUCCUUCUGUUUUUGCCUUCCAACCCAAGGAAAUAACUCGGACCUCAAAAUACUGUUGCCACUUUCCAUUUCAAUCCCAUACUUACGCCGAAUCCGCUAUGAUCGUUGUUUCUGCAUUGGGUUUCAAUCGGGCUGCCAUUCAUGGGCGGGCUCGAGGUUUGAAAGGUAACCGGUGUUCGUGAGCCUUCUAAAUCCCCAGACCCAUCUCUGACUCCCAGAUUUAUGAUUCUCCAAUUUGUCUGAGUUGCCAAAACCUUGCCCCUACGACAUGAAUUCAUCAAGUUUCCACGAUAAUGCUUCUGGGUCUUCCAAUUCUUACGAUGGCUAUUCGAACUUCAGUUUCGUUACGCAAUCGGUUCCUCGAUCCAAGUCUGGUCUUACGAGGCCGAGGAUGUCAAAGGUGAGGAGGCAAACGAAUACCCAGGAUUUGAGGUCUGCGGCGGUCCCGGAAACGUAUCGACCCUCCACCGGGAAUUCAUUUCCGGCCUCAAUUUGGGGUCAGGAUUCUGUCUCCGGCAAAUCUGGGUCGGGUGGGAUUGGGAAUCAGCCAUUUGUAUUUGGAGAAAAUAGGAGCACCACCAGCUCGAAUUUGGAGAGAUCAGAGAGAGGAGUUCUUGAUGGAAUGAAGAAAUUGAAUAUCGAAAGCGUGGAUGAGUUUUCGAUUGCCAGAGAUGGGAAAUUCAGCUUUAAUGGUGGCAAUAGAAGUUCGAGUAAAACUGAGGUUUUUGAUAAAGGAGGCGAUGAAGCCAUUGAAUCAAAGCUUCCGGAUGACAUGAGGAAAUUGAACAUUGAAGAAGGGCAAGGUAAUGCUGCACGAAUUGACAAAACUAUAAAUGAAAGUUCGAGGUUUAGAUCAAAUGAACAGGCUAAAUUUGGUUUGUGGAGCAGUAAUGUUGUUCAUCCUCUAGUUUCAGAACUCCCCAACAAGUUGCAGCAUUUGAACAUUGAAGAUAGUGGGCAUCAUGAUAGCGGCAGUGCUGCAUUUACAUCUGAGGGUGCGGAUACGUUCGGAUUGGACAAGGGUAAGGGUGUUACAAGCUCAGCAGAUUCUCUUCCCGAGAAGAUAAAAGGUUUGAGCAUAAGGGGCACAUCUAAUUCAGCAAAUAUCAACACCCAAGGGACUGGUGGUAAUUUUGUUGAGCAAAAGGAUACAAUGUUGUCAAGAAAGAUGGAGGAGUUGAAACUAGAUAAAAGGACACCUUCAUCUGGAGUAACUGCAGAGAAGACAGAAAUGCAAAAUUUUAGUGAUUUUGACCGAAAUCUUGAUCAACCAUUGGCCACGGACAUUAAAUCUCAGAAGUUGCAGGAGUCUAAGGACAUGGGAGGUGGUCAGGUUUCUUCAUAUGCACAAAAUGAUGGUAAUGAUCAAAAUGGUGUCGCUAUGCCGCCUUCUUCAAUUUUUUACAAUGAUAUGCAACCUGUUGGUAGUACAUUUCAAGUGACUGAUACAAACAGAAACAAAGAAACAGAUUACUUUCGCUCUAUGAAUAAACAAGAAAAUACCGGAUCGGCUUUUGUAGAAUUUAAAACACCAGAUGUCAAAGCAAACAUUUUUUCUGCUGGAAUCAGUCCAAACUUUCAAUUCAAUGCACAGAGGGAUCCAAUUAGAGAAUUUGGACCGAAUAGUAGGAGUGGAAGGUAUAAUCCUACCGCGGCACAGUUGCGUGUUGAUCAGGGGACUCAUGAUUUUGGUUUAAGGGAAGGGGAUCCCCUGGUGAGUUACAAGGCGUCUGAGCCCUAUUCACCAAUGGACGUUUCACCAUACGAGGAAACACUAGCUGCUGAUCCAAUCUCUCGUGAAAAUUCCGUGACAUCCAAUGAAUCACUCAAUCUUGACAACAACUCCAUUGUAUUUGACGAGUCAAUCCCUGAAGUCUUAAAUGAUACUAUAGAUGAAGAUCUGCUUAAUGCUACAGAAAGCUUAAAUAUAAGUGAAGCUAGUUUGGGUGCAACUGAAAUAGAAGAAGAUGAAGGCUCUAUUUACCAUUCUCAUGCAAACCAUGGUGCUGAAGCUCCUCUAGAGGAAUCUGUUUCAGUUGCGGAUACCGAAAGCUACAAAUCUGCAAAUGAAGAGUUGGAUUUUAGUGCUGAUCGAGCAGCUAUUUCAGAAGAAACAGAAGUCAGUUCGAGUUUGAAAUUUGAGAGGCAGGAUAGUGAUGGCCGGAAGCAAUUUAGUUUUUCUUCAAAUUCAGAGGAUGCAUCCAGGUCAAACUUUAUAUUUGCUGCCUCCUCUGCUGCCCAAAGUCAAUUAUCUGCAUCCAAGCGCCACUACAAAAAGAAAAGUUGGGGAAAAGUUGGUCAAGAGUCUCAUAUUUCCUCAACAAUUGCCAUUGAAGUUCCGUUGUCAUCUUCUUCUGCGCAAUUUGUUACAUUUACGGGAAAUUCAUCACCAAUACCGGCUCAAAGGAGUCAGAAAGGAGAUCCAUCUAUGGCUCAGUGCAAAUAUGGAGCUGACUCUUGGGUGAACAAAGACCAGGAGAUGAAACAAGAGUCCGUUUCUACUAUAGCAGCAACAGUUGCUGCCCAGGAGGCUUGUGAAAAGUGGAGAUUGAGAGGGAACCAGGCAUAUGCAAGUGGUGAUUUAUCUAAGGCUGAGGACCAUUACACUCAAGGGGUGAAUUGUAUUUCAAGAGAUGAGUCGUCUAGAAGCAGUCUCAGGGCUUUGAUGCUUUGUUAUAGCAAUCGUGCAGCAACUAGAAUGUCUCUUGGAAGAUUGAGAGAUGCAAUCAGUGACUGUACAAUGGCUGCUGCUAUAGAUCCUGGCUUUUAUAAAGUGUACCUUAGAGCUGCAAACUGUUUCCUUGGCCUUGGGGAAGUUGAGAAUGCAUUACAAUAUUUCACGAGAUGCCUGCAGCCUGGAAAUGUGGACCGAAAAAUUGUAGUGGAAGCAUCUGAUGGUUUGCAAAAUGCUCAGAAAGUGUCUGAAUGCAUGAAACGUUUAGCUGAACUUCAGCUAAGAAGCACAUCCAGUGAUAUGCAGAGUGCUCUGGAAUUAAUUUCUGAUGCUUUGGUAAUAAGCUCAUGCUCAGAAAAAUUGCUUGAAAUGAAAGCAGAGGCUCUUUUCGUGCUUCGAAGAUAUGAGGAGGUGAUUCAGCUUUGUGAGCAGACCCUAGAUUCUGCCGAAAAAAAUUGUCCUUCAGAAGAUAUUGUCAGCCAGACCUCUAAUCUGGAUGCUUCUGAAAUUUCAAAGAAGUUUUACUUUAGGAUUUGGCGAUGCCGCUUGACACUCAAGUCCUACUUCCUUCUGGGAAAGCUUGAGGAGGGUCUGGCUUCUUUAGAAAUGCAAGAGGAGAAAGCGUCUACAAUGAUCGGGAAUGGAAGAAAGUUUUUGGAGUCAUCAAUACCACUAGCCACUACCAUGAGGGAGCUCCUACGUCACAAGGCUGCUGGGAAUGAAGCAUUUCAGGCAGGGAGGUAUUCAGAAGCCGUUGAACACUAUACAGCUGCUUUGUCAUGCAAUGUUGAGUCACGUCCUUUCACAGCUGUUUGUUUCUGCAAUCGGGCUGCUGCAUAUAAAGCUCAAGGCCAAGUUAUUGAUGCUAUUGCCGAUUGUAGUCUUGCCAUAGCCCUUGAUGAAGAAUAUUUCAAGGCAAUUUCUAGACGGGCCACUUUGUAUGAAAUGAUUAGAGACUAUGGUCAAGCAGCUAAUGAUCUCCAAAAGCUUGUAUCACUUUUGUCGAAGGAAUUAGAGAAGACCUAUAAGUAUGCGUCUUCUGAUAGAUCGAGUACCAGUACAAAUGAUUUGAGACAAGCUCAUCAACAGCUUGCAGAAGUUGAAGAAGAAUCAAGAAAGGAAAUUCCAUUGGACAUGUACCUAAUUCUGGGAGUUGAUCCAUCUGCAUCUUCCGCUGAAAUUAAGAAGGCAUACAGGAAAGCUGCUCUCAGAUACCAUCCAGACAAGGCUGGCCAAUCCUUGGCUAGAGCAGACAAUGGCGAUAAUGUGCUAUGGAAGGAUAUAGCUGGAGGAGUCCACCAGGAUGCUGAUAAACUUUUUAAAAUGAUUGGAGAGGCAUAUGCAGUACUCUCGGAUCCUAUUAAGCGCUCCCGAUAUGAUGCGGAAGAAGAGAUGAGGACUGCCCAGAAGAAACGCAAUGGAAGCAGCACCCCUAGAUCUCAUACAGAUGUUCAUCAAAGUCAUCAAUUUGAAAGAAAUAGUGCUAGGCCUCAGUGGCGAGAUCUAUGGAGAUCUUAUGGUUCUCGAGGAUCAGAAUUUACUCGAUCAACCAGGUAUUCGUAAGAACUCUUUGCCAACAUGCCAUGAUGGAAUGAGGUUUUACACUAGAGCUCAUCAAAUAAAUGAUCUUUCCAUCAAGAAAUCCUGCAGCGGUUUGACCCCUCAUAGUGAGACUGGCCAAAAGUUGACAAUGGCUUCAUGGGGGUCCCUGAUGGCUAAAUCUUGAAAAAGAGGUCGAGGUCUGACCCUUAACACACCAACCUUGAUGCCAUAAGGGAAGUAAAAUGGUGUUCCAGUUUUUCAUUUCCAUCUAGUAGCUUGUCCAUACAAUUGAGUGAGGUUUGGUGAUCUUAUAGGCGACAGAUUUGAUUAUAGAGUGAAAAAAAAAAAAAAACAAAAGGACCAAAAAAGAAAAAUAUUCCCUUUUAAAACAAAACAAAACAAAAUGAAGGAUGAUGAUUUGCAGCUUUCCAAGGUUUUCCUUUCCUUUGAACAAUAUUUUCUGCUCAUCUUUUCUGGGGAUCCCAUGGUGGGUUAGUUGUUCGUAGUGGCAUGUACAGACAGAAGAGAUGGGUAAACAAGUGUGUUACAACUUACACCAUCUAAUGGCUGUGGCUGAGUCUCUAACAGCAUUCUAACACAAGAAAGAAGGAUAAUUCUUACAGUUUAGAGCUUCAACAAUGUGGUAAUUACCAUUUCUACUUCUGCGUAACGUUUUUGUGUGUUUCUUCAUGUACCCUCUUCUUUUUUACACUCAAUGUCAAGUUUUAAUCUGUUGUGGGUGACUACCAGUCCAGAUCUUCAUGCUGAUGACUGUAUGUGGCCUUUUUUCUUUUUUCUUUUUUUUUCUCCUUCUUUUAGUUGUUUAAAGAGUGAUGUAUUCUGAAAAAUGAAAGAAAAAAAAGAAAAGAAAAACAGAACUUAUAGACUGUCUGUGAACACCAUUGACAUGACAUGGGUGCUUCAUUUUGUAAAUGGUUUUUUGGAAUGAAGUUUUAUGAAUACCAAUUUUGUGU